ACCAUUUGAGAUCUCUUUUCUUUCUUCACCUUUAUUUUUUCCUUCUUCCUUUAGAGACAAUCACAAGAAUGGGUUUCCGAUUUCCAAGCAUGGUUUAUGCUAAGCAGCUACUUCAGAGGUCUUUUUCAAGUUCAAAAGAAGUUCCAAAAGGGUAUGUGGCAGUUUAUGUUGGGGAAAACAGAAUGAAGAGAUUUGUGAUCCCUGUGGCAUAUUUGAACCAGCCAUCAUUCCAAGAGUUGUUGAGUCAAGCUGAAGAGGAAUUUGGAUUCGAUCAUCCAAUGGGAGCUCUUACAAUUCCCUGCACAGAAGAUGCCUUCAUUGAUCUUAUUUCUCACUUGAAUGCCCAAUGA